GAUGAAACAUGGCCGCUUGCAAGGAGGCGAAACAAAGAAAGCUAGAUAACGAAGUACAGUUAGGUUUUGCCGAAGAAAUUGACGAAGACGACGCAGUUCGUAAACUACAAAUGACAAGCUCCUUCUUUCCAAGCAAAAUAGGCGGAAGGCCGGCUUGGUUAAAUCUACAAGAUCUUCCUGAUUCUGAUCGUAUGCUCUGUAAAAUCUGCUGGAAACCGAUGGUUUUUCUGUUGCAAGUCUACGCUCCUUUGACCAACGAUCAAGGCUUUCAUCGAACAAUUUACUUGUUUUGUUGCAAGGACGGAAAUUGCCAUGCCAAAAACAACAGGGACGGUUUUCUUGUUUUGAGAAAUCAGCUGAAACGUGACAAUAAGUUUUACAACUUUAAUCCUCCCCCUGAUCUCGAUGAAAUGAGUGAACUCUCAUUGGAAUCAGUAGGGAAAGAGUUUAGGCCGAAAGCGUGGACAAGUUUGUGUGAUGUAUGUGGCUGUCUCGGGAGCAAAACAUGCUCCAAAUGUCACAUGACACGAUAUUGCAGCCGGGAACAUCAGUCAGUGGACUGGAAAUCUGGGCAUAAAAGCUUUUGUGCGAUGUUUCUUUGUUCGGAGGAGGAAUUUACCCCCGAACAGCUUUUCGAAGGUAACUUAAGUCUUUGGUUGAUGUUUUUGUAUCUAAGGCCUAGCUGUUUCAAGUGGCAUCCUACAGUCGUGCUGAAUUCUACUUUAGUUAACGGCAGUAAGCACAACAGUUAACCCCUUUAAACCCUAUUCAUUUCCUACAGAAGUAGUGGGGAGAAGUUGACAAAAUAUCAAGCAAAUUCAUCUUGUUUGAUCAUGUCUGUAAUUCUCACGAUCACUCUGUUUUACAAAGCAUUGAUAUUACAAGGAGAAAUUUUAUCCUGAUCACUCUUAGGGAUUAAACAUGCUACUGCUGUUUAGCAUGAUGACCUUUGCCAUCUUACAUGGCAGUGGCAUGACUGGUUUCAAACGUCGUGCCAGCCCCUACUGCUGUACUGAACUAGUCUUUUUUCCAGAGUCUCACAAUGGUGGCUGGGUGGCUGAGCAGUUAGAGUGUUCUUUAUUUGUUUCAUUAUCCCAAAAAACCCCCAUAAGGGGAGAAGAUAAUUUUAGUCUUAUAAUAAUAAUAAUUAAGUCUCUUAAUUAUUAUUUCAUGGUUUUCACUAAUUACAUGCACAAGCCUGAGGGUUUUAAUUUGACCAUGAAUUGGAGAGAAAGUACAAAACACAACCCAUGGGUUAGUCGCUAGGGUGCAAGAAGGAGACGGGGGAAGGGGAGUAGAGAAAAAAAUGCAAAACAAAAUACGGUAAUAAUUUUUAAGUGUUUUUUUUCUCCCCCAUAUGAAUGAAUCAGUAUUAUUAGUUCAUCAUCCUCUCUUGUUUAAAGUGCUUUAAAUUUGAUAUUAGGCCCCACUGUAUAAUUUUCAUGACGAAACUAUGUUUUCCUAGUUGCCCAUCCAAGAGAAAAACUUAAGGAAGGUGCCAGGGGCCACCAGCUUUACUAGAGCACAAUCUGAACAUUUUUUCUGACCCCAGAACGAAGGGUUUCUAAGUGUCCUGGGUAUAGGUUAAAUGCAGUGUCCAUGUUUUCAAUUUCCAUUUUCUUAAAGUGCAAUAAUUACGCUUUCUUUUUUGGCAAGCUCAAUAGUCAACUUCACACAAAAGUUCUCCAACUUCCCCAUUCACAAAAAGGAAUGCCUUGUCACAGGGUGCAAAGAAAAUCAUUUUUACAGCUUGCCAUUCGGGCAAGCUGAAGCUAGCAUUUACUAGCCCAGACGUCAUUUCAGCUAGCCCGAAAAGCCUUUCGUCUAGCAGAAUUGAUUUCACACUUCUUCUGUUAUUCGAAUUCCUCAAAGAACAUCACUUGCCCUUCGGGCAAGUUAAAAACAGAUUUCACUAGCCCGAUAGCAAAAUCCACUAGCCCCGGGCUAUCGGACACUACUUUCUUUGCACGCUGCUUGUCAUGAAUUUGAAGGUUAGAGCUACAGAAGAUGGUUGGGUGGAGAAAACUGAUGUACAGCUAAACAUAAUUUCUAAAUACGCUUGUGCUUUUAUUUUUCAGGUAAUAGUUCUUAUAAUAACUCAAAAAGCAAAGUCCUCUUUCCUGAAUAUGAACUGGUCACUGAAACAGAACCAGACGAUGAUGAGAGUGAUGGUAAUGAGAGAAGUGAGGAAGAAAGAUUAGAUGAAUUUAAGCAGUUUGUACAAGAAAAUGAUCUUCUAAGUGAAAUAAAUGGUGAUGACAAGGAAUUGGAGUCCUUGGCCACCCUUGGGAAAGAAGCUUUGCUUGCUGACAAACAAUUUAGAAUAUUCAAAAAGAGAAUUUCCAGAGAACCAAAGCAGGUGUGUAUGUGUCAGGAAAUAUUUUCCCCUCGGUUCAACUGAGGAACAAUAAUAAAUGCAUACAGUGUGCUCUAGGGGUAACACAAAUACACUGUUCAGUACUGGUAAACCAUUAUGUGCUAUUAUGAGUCACAAGGUUAAGAAUCCAAAAUUGGCCGGAGGCAAACCAGUUGACUAAUUAUUACAAGAGUAACCAAGGAGUAGACCUCAGGACUACUGAGAACAAAUCCAGCUGGUGGUUAGGGUGGGGAUUGGACUCAAGGCCUCCGGAUUACAAUUCCUACUAACUACAUUGCUAUGCAAGCUCUGUAAGAAUAUUCAGAAAGGUAAUGAUAACUGGUCAUUCUUUUAUACAUGUACCUUAAAUUGUUGUCAUGACCAUGCCACUAAUUUACAUGUAAUUUACAUCUAUAAAUGUUGACCCUUUUAUUUGGUUUCAAUUUUUUUUUUUUUCGAAUGAUGUUAGGGAAGCUUAUCUGUUUUUCAUGCAAAAUGUACCUCUUCCUCCUAUUUUAAUGUGCCUUGUAUGUAUGUGAUCUCUAUUGUAACAUUUUUCCUUUUUAAUGAGAAAGGGAUCUGCACAAGUUUAAAUUUAUAGUAGUACAUAUUGUAUAAUAUUUAUGAGCAUUUUUAACAGUUACAGCUUGUGGUCAUAUCGUGCCUAGCGUCUUGAUAGUUGUCUUAUUUUAAUAUUGUCUUAUGAUAGCACUAACACCUGACUUGUCACAUUUCAGGUUUUGCGCUAUCACAAGAAUGGAGAGCCCUUGUGGGUGUCUGAUGAGGCUCAACCAGGUAAAAGUGACAUCCCACCUUGUGCAACCUGUGGAUCUGAAAGGAUGUUUGAAUUUCAGGUACAGUACAUGCACCUAAAUUUAUAAUAGACAACUUAGGAGUGCUUCAAGAUGAUGUAAAAUAGUGAGAAUUGUUUUUUUCACUGUUAAAAUGCACUCAGGGAACUGAAAAUCAUUAUUCACAUUGUACGACUGUAUAAUUUAGCAAUAAACAUUCCACUCAUUACAGCUGGCUGAUGCUGCAUUCAGCUUUGUGGACCUUCUGUGUUCUUUUAAACCAGAUUCAAUUCACACAUAUAUUAUUAUUUUACUAACCUUGUUUCUCAGUUAAUGUAUUGAGCAGUUAAGACUCUUUCAUUUAGAUUAAUAAAUAAAAGUUGAUUACAAGUAAAUAACCCCAUUCACCCCUUGAACUUGUUUCUCAGUACUUACUGAACUAAAGGAUUACUCAGGAACCACGUAUGUCCUUUGGCUAGGAUUAGGGCUCUGUUUGUGUGUGGGUUUUUUUUGCUUUGGCUACAAUACAGGGCAGCAAAAGUAUAGCAUAGUGGUAAGAGCACUUAGCUGAUGCUGUCAGUGUUUGAAAUGAUGGAUUUGGGUUGAAUUUGUUGAUAAUGCACAUCCUCGCUCCAUUAUUCAUUAGGUUUCUAUCUGCAUUUUCUCUCACCUUCCCCUCAUGCUGAUCACUGAAAAUUUCAUUUCCAAGUACAUGUAGAUCGGGAUUUGGUUGAUGAGGGACACUAAGUGUACAGCUGUAUGUACUAGUAUUACGUCAUUAUUUAUUAUGACAUUAUUUUAAGUGCUUUAUUUUUUAUGUAUUAUUAAUUAACAAAACAUAUGAAGAGGAAACGUUUGUUCAACCAACUUCAUUAUUGUUAAUAAUAACUAUUACAAAUGUAAGAGGUUUGGUUUUCCUUGACGACUCAUAAGUUGUUAAGCCCACCCUACCAGACUGAGAGAAGAUUCUAAGUUUCAUUAUCAUUAUUGUGACGAAUAACUUAAUUGCCAAGUUUCAGUAUGCAACAUUAUAAUUAUGAACAUUACUAAAAUUUGUGUGAAAAUUUUUUAUAUUUUUUGGUUAAGGUGAUGCCUCAGUUGUUAAACCAUAUGCAAGUGGACAGUUUUGAAGAAAGUGUGGACUGGGGAACAUUAGCAAUCUACACUUGUUCAAAGAGCUGUGGUGAUGGUAGUUCUUACGUAACAGAGUUCCUGUGGAAACAAAACUUUGCCAAUACAGGAAUCCCAACCACUGCACUGGGUCACUAA